AUGAGCUUUGCUAGUACAGAGCGUGUAAAUAAGUCAGAGGCAUCCAAAGGACUGUUUUGGUCAACUGCAAAAGAGGAGGGAGAUCUCCUCAGGAAGGCACAAGACGGCGAUGAUUCAUCCUCUUUGUUGUUGGGUGACAACCAAGGGGAACACCAAUUGGAUGGUGGAUUCUCUUCCCUCGAGGGAAUGCUACAGUGGGCUAUUGGCCAUUCAGAUCCAGCAAAGUUGAAGGAAACAGCAGAAGAUGCCCAGCGCUUGUCUCCAGAAGAGCUGAAGGCACGCCAGAUGGGAAUAACGGAACUAAUGGACAAAUUAAAGAUGCCUUCAGAUGCGCAAAUGAUGAAAACUGCAAUAGAUGACUUGAAUAAUUCGUCCGUGUCUCUCGAAGACCGUCAUCGUGCACUAGAGGAGCUCUUGAUACUUGUUGAGCCAAUAGAUAAUGCAAAUGAUUUGCACAAACUUGGAGGCCUCACUGCAGUCAUUGGAGAACUUGAUCAUCCUGACCCAGAAAUAAGGACUAUUUCGGCAUGGGUUCUUGGUAAAGCCAGUCAAAAUAACCCUGUUGUUCAGAAGCAGAUUUUGGAGCUUGGGCCGCUGACAAAGCUAAUGGAGAUGGUAAAUUCUACAUUCACUGACGAAGCCAUAAAAGCACUAUAUGCUCUUUCAGCCUUGAUUAGUAAUAAUCCUGAGGGACAAGAGUCGUUCUAUAGGGAAGCUGGACACUUGAUGCUUCAGAACAUUCUGAGCAACUCAAGCACAGAUAUCAGAAUACGGCGAAAAUCAGUGUUUCUUGUGGCCGAUCUGGUUGAAAGUCAAUUGGGUAGCAGUAACAAAGCGGAGCUGCCUUUUUUCAGCAACCAAUUGUUCUUAAAGUCUGUGGUUGAUCUAAUAGCAACACCAGACCUUGAUCUCCAGGAAAAGGCUCUAUAUGCAGUAAAAAACCUAUUACAGCUAAGGUCUACGGAGGCUCUUGUCUUCAAAGAAGUAUGUAAAUUGGAUGUGACAUUGGAGACAAUGAAGCAACAGUUGCAGCAAUUAAUGGUUGAAGAGAAUUUUAAAGAGUACGCAGUGGAUGUGGAAAGUCUUAGAAGAGAAGUGGAGCUGAUUUUCUUGGGAAAGCUCGAUAAGGUGGAUAUGCAAGUUCCAACAUGA